UCGUGUGUAGUCUAGCUGAUACCAAUAUCCUGUAGCCUUUGCUGGCCUGUGUGUUAGCCUCAAUGUUUUGUGGAGUGUGUAGUCGCCAUGAACUUAUAUCGAUACAAGCUCCGGUCCGCUUUCUUAUUAUGAAUCCGACUUAUUAGCUUUACCAGUGUGAAGAAAAUCGGAGGGCGAAAAAAAGUCUACAUACAGGAUGUCAGUCUUAGUACGGUUCGCUAAAGCUCUGGGACUUGUUGGUGUUUAUGCCACAACAUUGAGUUUGUGUCUUACAGUUUGCACGGGGAAUGAAGAUGCGAAAAGACUGUACGAUGACUUGCUGUGUAGGGGAGGAUACAACAAACUCAUACGGCCCGUGAGUAACAACAGCGACAAGCUGACGGUCCGGCUGGGGAUUCGUCUGUCUCAACUUAUAGACGUGGAUGAAAAAAAUCAGAUUAUGACAACAAAUAUAUGGCUACGACAGGAAUGGGAAGACACAAGUCUAAGAUGGGACGCGAGGGAAUACGGCGGUAUUGCCAAAAUGGAGAUCCCCGCCUCCAUUAUUUGGCUCCCAGAUAUUGUCCUAUAUAACAAUGCUGAUGGCAAUUAUGAAGUAACCCUGAUGACAACCACUUUGCAUCACACUGGUCGAGUUGUUUGGGAACCGCCUGCAAUUUACAAAAGUUCCUGUACCAUUGAUGUCGAGUUUUUCCCCUUUGACGUCCAGCUAUGUUCCAUGAAGUUCGGGUUGACCUAUGAUGGCGACCAAGUGGACCUUGUACAUAUAUGCUCAGCCGAGGGCAAGGACGAUAAACCAAUCCACAGAGGCGUAGACCUCAAGGACUUUUACCCUAGUGUAGAAUGGGACAUUCUAGAAGUUCCCGAAAAGAAUCAAAAAUUUUACCUAUGCUGCCCCGAGCCCUACCCCGAUAUAACCUUUAAUAUAACAAUGCGUAGGAAAACUCUGUUCCACACUGUAAACCUGAUCAUUCCUUGCGUAGCCAUUUCCUUCCUGACAGUGUUAGUAUUUUACCUUCCCUCUGACAGUGGUGAGAAGAUUACUCUGUGUAUCUCCAUUCUGCUUUCAUUGACCGUGUUUUUCUUGUUGCUGGCGGAAUCUCCCGCCUACCUCAUUGUGGUACCGCUGAUCGGCAAGUACCUUUAUUUACAAUUGAUAUUGGUUACACUCUCCAUCAUUGUGACCGUUGUCGUCUUGAACGUACACUUCCGGUCGCCAUCGACGCACACGAUGUCGCCCUGGGUGCGCAGAGUCUUCCUCAACAUCCUGCCACGCCUGCUCAUCAUGAGACGGCCGAACAUUGAGAAGGAGAACCGACCCCGUGUCGUCAUCCGGACCUGCAAUGGGCUGGAGGUCCGAGACUCGUACGGUGAGCUGAAACGUCCUGAGUAGAGAGUGUGCUUACGAGACAAACCAGGGCUCGUACCCUCUCUGCGUGGUGGACCGGAUGAUUUGUUAGCGGGCGAAAGUGAGACAAUCUCCAGAAUUCGCCAUCGGCACUACUCACCAGACGCAAUACAGGCUAUGGAAGGGGUGUCCUUUAUCGCUGAACAUCUCAAACAUGAAGACCAUUUAGCCGCAGUGCAGGAAGACUGGAAGUACGUUGCCAUGGUUUUGGAUAGAUUGUUCCUCUGGAUUUUCACGACGGCCUGUGUCGUCGGGACAUUCGGUAUCAUUCUUCAGGCUCCAACUCUUUACGACGACCGUCAUGCGUUAACAAAAGAAGAUACGUGUUUCCAAGACAUGCUUUUGAACAAUUAAAUGGCGUGUCUCCAUGUGUGAAUUUCUGAGACCUUUGUGUAUAUACUCAUAUCCCUCAUUUCUUUUCAAAAGCCAUGAUGUUAUUGUUAUAUAUUGCUAUGCCACUUCGGGAAAUUCUCCUGGUGUAAGAUAUCUUGUUUGAUCAUAUCGUGAUAAAUUAUUGUUCUUUGGAAAAUGUAGUCAAAGGUAUAAAUUAUUGUUCUCUGGUAAAUGUAGUCAAAGGUAUAAAUUAUUGUUUUGUUUUACAAGGUAUCUUGAUAGUCGACGGUAGUUAAGGCACUCCCUGAUCUCAACCCAAAGUUACCCUCUGCGAUAAUGUUUAUUUGUGAUCUCGGAAACUUUGCUCCUGAACGCUAUGUAAACAACCACUUUUGUUGUCCUUCUGAAUGCCAUUUGUUUUCCUGGUGAAAAGUUAUAUUCUGUUGAUAAAGUAUUUGUUAUUGAUUUAUAAAAAGAAUGAUUUGUGAAUAGUAUAUAGAACUGUUUUCCUUA